GCAGCAGGUUUGAGACAUUUUGCUCCACAGGAAGAGAAGGGCGGAGGUCUGUUUCUUUAUCAGCGACUCAAACCCCCUCACGUUCGUCGGUUUUUACUGACCUGCCUGAAAAGAUUUCGACGAGUGAGUUUUUAUUGAUGUGAUCAUCGAUACUCUGUCACUCCUGUAUUGAUCAGUGGACAUGGGUCGGUCUGUGGUUCUCGGAGCGGUGCUGGUGCUGCUGGUGGCUAACGUUAGCUUCUGUCAGGCCGAGACUGUGGAGGAGUACUUCAGGGUUGGUGGCACACUCCAGCUCAGCCCUCAGCCGGUCGGUGGAGCGAUCACCAGCAUCGUGUGGAAAUACGGCAAGAACCUGCUGGCUGAGUGGGAGACAAAGCAGAUUCCUCUGACAUAUUACAGCAAGUUUAAAGGCCGAACCACUCUGAACACUGGCACAGGAGAGUUGGAGAUCAGGAACAUGACUGCGGCGGACAAUGAGGUGUAUACAGUGGAGAUCAACAACCACGUCCAGAGUCGGGUUCAUAAGACUGUGGCGAUCGAGGAUGUGCCCCAGCCUGUGCUGGAAGCGAAGCCGCUGUCGUGUAGCUCAGCCUCAAAGGACUGUAAACUGGUGUGUGAGGGAAACGUUAGCAAAGCCGGGCCUGUGGAGUACUUCUGGAAGAAGGAUGAUGGAGAGUGGGAAAAGUCUAAAGAGAACACCAUGGAGAUCAUCAAUGAUGCGGAAACACAGCGUGUGAAAAAGUUCUCCUGCAGAAUAAAGAAUCAGUUUAGUGAGAAAGAGAGCAACGCCUUAGACAAUCCUUUCUACCGGGAGGAAACGACCAAGGAGCCAUCUUCACCUGGUUCGGGGGUGAUUGUGGGGAUUGUUUUAGUCGUAAUCCUAUUGGUAGCUGUACCUAUACUGCUCUACUUUAUUUGGAAACCAUUCAAGAACAAGGUUGAUUCUUGUUUGCCCUGCAAGAAAUCAACAAACGCAGCAAACGCAACAACAACUGAGACUAAUAUGAAUGAGAAGGGAGAGAUUGAUGCACUGACCGCUGAACAGGACACUAGACAGUGAUGCUGUGGCCAUAUUAUUCAUAAAAUAUGAAUGAAAUGAGAAAUGUUUGAUUUCCACAGCUGCCUGCAUCUGGAGAGAGAAGGAAAAUAAUCCUGCAGUGUACAAACUGUCAGUUUAUGAAGAAGUAAUUUUAUCUUCAUACUGAAGUAAUACCAUCAGUACCACAGCUGGGAAGGACAGUUACAAGACGUGUAUAAAAGUGUUCUUAAGGUGGAUCCGUCCUGCUCAUGUUUAUUCUCUGAAUCUUUUAUGGUGGCUUUGCAUGAUUCACAGGUCAAUAAUAAUCCUUUAUGUACUAACCCUUCAUUUCAUCCUCUGCCUGAAACAAGCAGACUAGCUCCUUUUUUACAGGUAUGAUAAAAGCAGAACAGAUCCACUCUGAAACAUAAAAUUAUGACAAUGCCAGAACAGUAAAGAAAUGUGAUGUUUGAGUUCAGUGCAAAGUGGAAUGAGUGCUGUUCGCUAAAUUCAAUCAUGUUGUGAGGCAAUCAUUUAAUCAUGAACGUGUACAUCGCUGUGUUAAAGCCCUGAUAACUUACAUUCAAUGAUGUUUUGUAAAUGUGUGCUGUUGUUAGCUUUGUUUUUAGCAUAUUUUAGUGGCUUCAUCCUUGAGGACAAACAUGUGCAGAACUGUUUCAGAAAGUGGAAAAGGACGUUUGUGACGUCUGUGCACGUGCAGCGGUCACAUGUUAUGGAGGCAAAGUGAGAAAAAGGUGCCUUUUAAUGUCCCGUCACAGCCGCGGAGGCUGAAGGGCACACUGGACUCACUGUGUUGGAUCACGCAUGUUUAAAUCCACUCUGGAGCCCUGCUUCUCUGCACCUGAGAGGAUGGAGGACGUUUUAUGAAGCUCAUCUCACAAUCAUGUACUCCUGUAAUGCCCGACAUGGCUUUAUAGGACAUGGCUCUACACUCUGUGCGCCCUUUUUACUUUUUUUUUUUUUUUAAAGUUUGUCUUCCGACUCUGUCGUAUCAGCUUCUUUACAAAUUGGCAGUUUGAUUAUUUAUUAGAAACUGGUGCCUUUCAAAAUAAACCUGGCAGUGCUACACAGA